CGAACGCGAACGGCCUCCGGGCCAUGCUGGUGGAAAAAUGGAACACACCCCUCUCUCAGGUUGAGCAACAAGCCUAAACUCUGUGUUCUCCUCGUUAGUUACCAACCGCCUUCAAACCUCUCCUUCACAACGACGGGGUUAAUACAACGUAUGGGUGCUUCGUGGACACACUUGUGACUUCAGCCGUGGCUUAAACGUUGUUUUAUUUAGUCGCCAUGGUUCCCAGAAAGAAGAUGCCACAAGGAUGCGAAGUGUGCUUUCUUCCCGGAAGACGUCGGAGCGGGGAGACUUUCAUCCGAGUCCUGCGCCAGGAGCUGGGAGACGUGCGGGGACAGUUUUCUGGACACUCCGGCGAUGAAGGUCGUCAAAAACCACGAGACGCGUCACCACGUGAUUGACAGCCACGUAACACUCGCGUUGCCCUGCGCUCUCGCGCAGUAGUCCUCUGACGUCGUUGUCGAUGGUGUUUUUUUUGUUGCAGAAUGUCAAGACAUCGGGGAGGAAACUGUCUGACUUAAGAAAGUCUCCUGCUAUAGUGCAGAGCGGUGCCGUUAAUGAGGACCCGGUGCACAUCGCGUGGAGCUCCAGUGACGGCGAACGGUCCGAUGAUGAAACCCAGGAUCAGCAACGGCUUCCUCGGAGGCCGCGGAGACCUGCAGCUCCCAUUCAGUCUUACACCAGAGCGCUGCGCACGGAAACAGAGGACCUUCCUGUUAUUGACACAGACAGCGAUCUGGAUGAAUUCGAGGAAGAAAAGGACAGCGGGCAACAAAUCUCUGACUGUGAAUCGGAGUGUUUUGAUGAAAAACCAGAAGAUUUUCCUCUUCGACCUAUAAAUAUGACAGAGUUAGAGAUCUCAGGCUACGCGUCUGAGGGCGAGAACGUUGACGUCACGACGACCUCGAGCCGACCGGGCUCUCCUCCGCAAACUGGCGAGGUCAGCAAGAGGUCAGUGAGUGACUGGGUCAGGUCCGCUCAGGCGAUGCUCCAGACUCCUCAGAAACCGCAGACCACCAGGCCGUCCGUGACACCGGAGGACUCGGCCAAAAAGAAAAGGAAAUUUCAAAGUGGAGGUCUCGCCGAGAGGCUGAAUCGACUCCAGUGCAGACAGAGGUCAGCCGUCGGCUUCUGGAGGCACCAGUCCAUCUCUGACACCACAACAACAACAACAACAACAACAACAGUGGACAGGCCUGGCGUGCUGGUGCUGGAGGUGCUGCAGGUUCAGGAGGAGUGCGGCGUGCAACUGGUGCUCUGCGAGCACCACCGGCCCCCCGGAGAGGCCCACCAGCAGAGAAACCCCCCCUCCGAGGGGAGCGCUCAUGUGCUGGUGUUGUUCAACAGAGAGACCGGCGCCCAGCUGAUCCCCGCACCCAGAGACGUCGUCCACAUAUACCCGCCAUGGCAAAGUCUCUCCAUCGAGGGCUUCAGCCGUGACAUUAUUCUGAACACGCACUUCAGCCAGAAGGUUCACGCCGCAACCAAAGUGGCCGACGCGUCAGUUCCCAGAGCAGAAAGAUGCAACCCGUGUUCUUUGUGUCAGACGUUUGGACCGCUGGAGGAAAGCAGGACCACGGCGGAGAUCGCUGCCGAGCAAGUUGCUGCCUCCGGUUCUCUGUGCCGUUUUGGAGGUCCGGGGGUUUCGGCGAGCCGUUGCCUUUCUCUCCUGGAAGCUAUCGAGGGUCUCGGCCAGGCUGGUUCUGUGGGGCAGGACGUGGAGGUGGUGGUCCAGAGAGUUUACUCCAUCCCCGUGCCCGACUGCUCCCCCGUGUCCACCCUGAAGCCCAGACCUCCCUCGAGGUCGUCCUCGGAUCCUCCUGCCGAAAAGGGCAAAACCAGGCUCUGUGUGCUCGUCCAGGAUGGCUAUGGGAUGUUCAGCGUGGUCCAGCUCCACUUCCUGCCCGGCAUGGACGACCUGCACAAGUACUGCCACAAGUGGCAGGGGAGGGCCUGCCUGCUGAGGGGCGUUAAAGUGGUGCAGCGGGUGACACGUGAAAGGAGCACCAGGCUGUUCAGCUUGAUAGACAGUCUGUGGCCCCCAGUGAUGCCUCUUAAAGAUCAUGGAAACGCACCUAGUGUGUGCACUGAAAGUAGACCUGCAGGUGCGGCUCCCAGUUUCUGCUACCUGCUCUCCGGUCAGGAGAGCUCCGUUGAGCCUGCCGAGGAGCAAAAGGUGUCGCCGCUUUACGCCCCUCCCACUAAACACACCUUGCGAGACAUACUGCAGGGUGAGCAUAAAACCUGCCGCUGCAGUUUUGUCGCUACUGUUCUGUACAAGAGAAAAAUGCAGAGUCGUGAUGUAGGCCAGGGUGAGGUUUGGCUGGUGCUGACAGACCCCAGUCUUCAGGAGGAGCGGCGGCAGCCCGAGAGGCCGCGCAGGCGAACGGUGGCCCUGUGUGUCAGCACUUCCUGUGCGCUCACUUCCUCUGUCCUCGAAUCGCUCAACUCCCCCGCCGCCUGUCGCAUGUCGUUCAGAGAUGUCAUCAGAGAACACGGCGUUCUCUUGUGUGUGGAGCAGUCCGUCGUCGGGAUGUGCUCUGUGGACCCGGAUGAGCCUCGGGCAGAGCCUCUGCCCCAACCUGUGAGACUGGAUCCCCUGAGUCCUGAGGUCACACCCAACUCCGUCUGCUCUCUCUCAGGGGUGAUAGUCGGCGUGGAUGAGACCGCUGCGUAUUCCUGGCCGGCCUGCAACCGCUGUGGAAGUGACAACUUGGAGACGUUAUCUGAAACACCUCGGAACUUCCGCUGCGUUUCUUGCAAGUCGUCGGUGGACGAACCGGACACGAGGAUCCAGCUGGAAGUGUUCCUGAGUUCUUCGCUAAGCAAUUGCACUUUGAAGGUCAAGCUGCAGCAGAAGACGAUCACGUCGCUCCUGAACACCGCAGCGCUGGAGGGUCGAGAGUUCCCAGGUUACGAUGUGGAGAAUGUCCUGGGAAAAGAAGUGGGCCCCCUCGCCGUUUACGUCCGAGUCGUCUCCAGGAAACCUGCCCUCUGGAUUGGCCUGGAGGAAAUCUGCCUCCCGAGUCUGAGAAGCUAAUGAUAUCAAUCCUCAGGCUCCAGUUGGCUCCAAGGAUCUGCACAAGAGGCCUCAGUCUGAGCCAGUUCAGCCUUCUUUCCCUCCCCUCCUCCCUUCUGAAGGCCUCCCUGACAGCUUGACGCUGAAGUGAACGGCCUGCUAGAAGACAAGGUCUUGUUUGUGUUAAAGAUAUGUGAUCCUCUGGACCAGGGGUUGACAGCCCAAGGGUAGACCGGUGGCAUGCAGUCUGUCAAAGCAGCCCACGCGGUUCAUCAACUGGGACUUUUGGCUGUAAACACUUCUUUUUUUUUUUUAAGUGGUUUGAAAUUCUUUACCCCCCCGCCCCCUCCUUAUCUACCUCUGUAUUUAAGAUUACUGACACUAUCAAUAAAGUUUUUUGCUGACUUUA